AUGAAGUUUAGAGAUACUGGGACAACAACAUCAAGAGACCAUGGAGACACUUCAAGUAAUUUAUGUAUAUAUUUCCCUUUCCAUGCUAUUCACUCAGUAGCACACCAGCAAUUUAUCAGUUUAUACUUUCAAUUUACACCUUUUGCUAAGUUCUCCCAUGUGUUGUAGUUUCCUUUUCUUGAAAAUCUCAUCAACAAAAUGUGAAAUGUCAUUAAAGUUUCCUCAACUAUGUUUGUUCUGGUCUUGAUUGAGGAACAGGUACCAGUAGCGUUGAGGUGAAGGAGAACCGCGACAGCAGAAACCAAGUGGACUAUUCCAACAUACUACAACCUGGAUAUCAUCCAUCAUCAGCUCUUUGCACUGACAUCUCCAAAAGAAAGACGACAGUGGACUGUACCAUGCUACCUGCACAUCAUCCAUCAGCUCUUUACACUGACAUCUCCAGAGGGCUCUCCAGGACUACUGCUCUACAGAGGAAGCAGCCAUUGGUGGAAGGAAAAGACAGGCUUCUCUACGAGCUCCAGUUGAUCUGUAAGAGGACGGCCCAUUGUCUUACGUCAGAUAACGCGAUGACUCCGUCUGCACGGUCGGUUGGGGGACGAGCAUCGUGUGGGAGUGACGCCACCUGUCAGAAGACAAUGAUGACUUCCUGGUCUGUCACAAAGAAGAACGCCCUGGUGCAGUUGAAUGAGCUGAGACCAGGUCUACAGUAUGAGAUAGUGUCUCAGACAGGGCCAGUUCACGCCCCUUGUGUUCGCUGUAGGAGUAGAGGUGAACGGUCUCAGGUUCGAGGGCCGAGGCCCCACCAAGAAGAAGGCUAAGAUGAGGGCAGCAGAGCUGGCUCUUAGGUCCUUCAUCCAGUUCCCCAACGCCCCUCAGGCUCACAUCACCAUGGGAAACCUCAACUUCAUCAACACCACAGCACCAACAGACUUCACCUCAGAUCAGGCCGAUCUCGUCCCCGACACGCUCUUCAAGGAGUUUGAGCCAGAAGUACAGGAAGACCAAAUCCUUUAUCACAGAACAGGGGGAAAGGAGUUGCAGUUUGAGGAGCCACCAGCCCAAGGACAACUCCACAGGACAGUGGAAAAGGGACAGGAGUUGCUCUCCAGUAUCUGUAACCAUGGGAGACUAGUGCGCCUGACUCUUGACCUGAUGUCCUCAGCCAAUCAGAAGAGACAGAGGAUCGGUUCCUCUAUCGUCAGGGAACUGAGGCCCGUGGCUCUGCUCAAUGAGUUAAGGCCAGGCCUGAGGUACGUCUGCCUGACAGAGAACGUGAGAGGCAGGCCGAUCAGGAGCUUUGUGAUGGCAGUACGGGUGGAUGGAAGGGUAUUUGAGGGCUGUGGGCGCAGUCAGAGGCUGGCUAAAGCCCAGGCAGCAGCCUCAGCCCUACAGGACCUGUUUAACAUCAGUCUGGGGCCUGAGAGGAGCAUCAGCAAUACUGCCAGCUGGGCCAAGAGCUCACAGCUACCUCAGGUGAGUACCAUUACUAACUUAAAGGGAUACUUCGGGAUUUUGGCAAUGAGGCCCUUUAUCUACUUCCCCAGAGUCAGAUUAACUAGUAGAUACCAAUAGACUUCCUGUCAUUACGCUAACACUAGUUAACAUUGGCUCGCAAAACGACCUCUAACUUCCUUCAUAAUGGAAGCAGAGACAUACAAAUGAUAUCCACAAGUUCAUCUGACUCUGGGGUAGUAGAUAAAGGGCCUCAUUGCCAAAAUCCCGAAGUAUCCCUUUAAGGGUUCUGAGCUGGAAGGGAAAUUCUACAAUUCUGUGUUGCUAUGGAGAGAUAGAAUUGUUCAUCUCAAGCCAUUUUGGAAUCGGUGUCAAGCCUGUCUAUUACAUUUUGACUGAUAUUCAGUCUUUUCUAAAACAAAGAUAAUGUUGAGAUGCAGUGUUUCAAUUUGCUGUAAGUUGGAUAUAACAAUCACAAUGCAUUACAUUUUUUAUUCCUCUAUUUCAUUCACAUCCUCAUUGAAGUGCCCAGGUUGAACAGGGUUAUUGAACAUGUCCUGUCCUUUGUCUCUAUAGCUGCAGCAUGGGCAUACAUCCCAUCCUUUAAAUGGUCCUACUGAAUUUGUAUGAGGUGCGCUGACCUCCACCAAAUGGAGUGUAUCGUAUCAAUAUGCCUUCCAUGUCCAGGAGCCUAAGGACUAACGCUGUCCUGGCCUGCAUGCCAAACCACAGCAGCUAAAUAACCCUGUUAUGGCUGUCUGGCCUCAGAAAAGCUGCACCUCUUGUCAUCUUUAGCUGCUAUGCCCACAUAAAAAAAUACUAUGUUAUAAAUACUAUAGUUUUCACCAUAGUGUUUUUGCAGACUUUACUGUAGUAUUCACUGUAGUGUUUUUGCGGCCUGAAAUCCACAGAAACACUACAGUGAAUACUGUAAUAUUUACUGUAGUAUUUACAGUUAACUAUAGUAUAAAUACUGUCGUAAAAGAACUGUAGUAUAUACUAAAGUAAUUAAUGUAGUGUUUCUGCAUAUUGUAGUCUAUUGUAGUGUUUUUGCUGACUGUAAAAUACUGUAGUAUUUAAUGUAGUGUUUUUACAGACAUUACUGUAGUAUCUACUAUAGUGUUUUUUAAAUUAUCUUAGACAUAGAAGUGGAGGCUUUCUCCUUGAGGAUACAAAAAUAGCAACAUUUUUGCAGACUAGUGUUUUUGCAGACAUUACUGUAGUAUUUACUACAGUGUUUUCUUUAGCGGAUAAUACUGUAGUAUUUACUGUAGUAUUAUACUACUACAACAAUCUGUAGUACAGUGAGGAAAAAAAGUAUUUGAUCCCCUGCUGAUUUUGUACGUUUGCCCACUGACAAAGAAAUGAUCAGUCUAUAAUUUUAAUGGUAGGUUUAUUUGAACAGUGAGAGACAGAAUAACAACAAAAAAAUCCAGAAAAACGCAUGUCAACAUUUUUAUAAAUGGAUUUGCAUUUUAAUGAGGGAAAUAAGUAUUUGACCCCUCUGCAAAACAUGACUUAGUACUUGGUGGCAAAACCCUUGUUGGCAAUCACAGAGGUCAGACGUUUCUUGUAGUUGGCCACCAGGUUUGCACACAUUUCAGGAGGGAUUUUGUCCCACUCCUCUUUGCAGAUCUUCUCCAAGUCAUUAAGGUUUCGAGGCUGACGUAUGGCAACUCGAACCUUCAGCUCCCUCCACAGAUUUUCUAUGGGAUUAAGGUCUGGAGACUGGCUAGGCCACUCCAGGACCUUAAUGUGCCUCUUCUUGAGCCACUCCUUUGUUGCCUUGGCCGUGUGUUUUGGGUCAUUGUCAUGCUGGAAUACCCAUCCACGACCCAUUUUCAAUGCCCUGGCUGAGGGAAGGAGGUUCUCACCCAAGAUUUGACGGUACAAGGCCCCGGCCAUCGUCCCUUUGAUGCGGUGAAGUUGUCCUGUCCCCUUAGCAGAAAAACACCCCCAAAGCAUAAUGUUUCCACCUCGGUGGGGAUGGUGUUCUUAGGGUCAUAGGCAGCAUUCCUCCUCCUCCAAACACAGCGAGUUGAGUUGAUGCCAAAGAGCUCCAUUUUGGUCUCAUCUGACCACAACACUUUCACCCAGUUCUCCUCUGAAUCAUUCAGAUGUUCAUUGGCAAACUUCAGACAGGCCUGUAUAUGUGCUUUCUUGAGCAGGGGGACCUUGCGGGCGCUGCAGGAUUUCAGUCCUUCACGGCGUAAUGUGUUACCAAUUGUUUUCUUGGUGACUAUGGUCCCAGCUGCCUUGAGAUCAUUGACAAGAUCCUCCCGUGUAGUUCUGGGCUGAUUCCUCACCGUUCUCAUGAUCAUUGCAACUCCACGAGGUGAGAUCUUGCAUGGAGACCCAGGCCGAGGGAGAUUGACAGUUCUUUUGUGUUUCUUCCAUUUGCGAAUAAUCGCACCAACUGUUGUCACCUUCUCACCAAGCUGCUUGGCGAUGGUCUUGUAGCCCAUUCCAGCCUUGUGUAGGUCUACAAUCUUGUCCCUGACAUCCUUGGAGAGCUCUUUGGUCUUGGCCAUGGUGGAGAGUUUGGAAUCUGAUUGAUUGAUUGCUUCUGUGGACAGGUGUCUUUUAUACAGGUAACAAACUGAAAUUAGGAGCACUCCCUUUAAGAGUGUGCUCCUAAUCUCAGCUCGUUACCUGUAUAAAAGACACCUGGGAGCCAGAAAUCUUUCGGAUUGAGAGGGGGUCAAAUACUUAUUUCCCUCAUUAAAAUGGAAAUCAAUGUCUAAAAAUUUUUUACAUGCGUUUUUCUGGAUUUUUUUGUUGUUAUUCUGUCUCUCACUGUUCAAAUAAACCUACCAUUAAAAUGAUAGACUGAUCAUUUCUUUGUCAGUGGGCAAACGUACAAAAUCAGCAGGGGAUCAAAUACUUUUUUCCCUCACUGUAAGUACUACACAUGAUCGAGGGAUACUUCAGUGUGUACUAUAGAAUUCUACAGUAUACUACAAUUUAUUACAGAAUGACAUAGUAAGUAGUGUAGUAUUCUAUAGUAAACUGUAGUAUUUACUCAUGUGGGUGCUUUCAGAAUGUAAGAGGAUUUGUUCCACAAGUUUAGUUCCAUGAGUCUGACAUGUCAUUGGAAAGGCAGGCAGGCUUUACCAUCCAUGGCUGAUGGAGAGUUUGUCCACAAGACAUAGGGUCUUGGUUGGUUACUAGCAGACAGACUGGCACUAUCUCAAAUAGUCUUUCCUUGAUUCCUUGCAUCCUAUCUCCUCAUCUUUUUCUCAAAUUUAUUGGAGGAGAAUAUCUAAAAUUCCUCCCUUCUGAACUUCUUCUCCAAUUUGAGGAGGUGAGGAGAGAGAAUCUAAGGAAUCGAGGAAAAAUGAAUGAAGAAAUGGACACAUUCUGGGUAAUUCAUCAGACAGAUCCCUAUCCCUCUCUCCACAAAGUGUCUCAGAGUCAGGCAUCUAGCUAGACACCUUAAUGAACAGUAUCAUCACAGCCUAUUAGUGAUCAAGGAGGAGCCCCAGACUGAAGGAGAUUGAAAUUAAGAGCGGAGGAGGUGUGAAGAGCAUAUUAAUCUGACAGAUAAUUAUUUAACACGCUCAUUACGAAUCAUUACACAUGACCUUGUGCCAUCACCAUUUAGACAACAUAUUUUUUCAGUUCCUUUCAUCUCUCCAAGCUUGAUAUCAGGGGAUGGGUGGGAUGAUAACUUGAAUUAUGCAUUGUAUGUAUUAUGUAAAUUAAGUGGAGGAGUUACCCUAUUAAAUAUUUUUGUUAAUUAACUAGCUACUAAAUAUUGUCAAUAUCUCAUUAUUCCAAGAUAUACUUACAAUAUAAUGCUCAUUUAAUACUGUAUGUCUCAGGGAGAGUUGACAAAGAAGAAACCUCUGUCAGAUUUAUUGAAAGCACUGUCACAGGGUGCGUCCUAAAUGGUACCCUAUUCCCUGGUACCCUAUUCCCUAUAUAAUGCACUACUUUUGACCAAAGCCCAUAUGGGAUAAUGUCAACUAUUAUCUGGUUGUUUUGGUAGGUAAAUGUUUGUUUGCGCUGCUAUCUUUUUAUGUGGAUGUGAACAUAGCUGUUAUCUUGGCCGCUGUCUGUUUGAUUUGUCAGUGAUCCAUCCACUUGUGUGAUAACAGUGCUUUGCAGAGUAUAUCUUCCACUUGGUGAGAGAGAAAUACAGUGAGCUGGCUGACUGUUGCUGCACUACCUCCCAGUCGCACAGACGUCACAAAGUACUGGCAGGCAUCGUAAUGACUAGAGGUAGGCUAUGGCUAUGGGCUGCGUCCAAAUGGCACCCUAUUCCAUAUAUUUACAUAGUGCACUACUUUUAACUAUGGGCUCUGGUCAAAAGUAGUGCACUAUGUAGGAAAUAGGGUGCCAUUUGGGAUGCAAACCAUGAUGACACAUUUCAUUGACUUUUAAAAUAUUUAACAAGUCCAUUUUAAAAAUAAAUGGUGCAUCUCCCACUAUGCAACUGUAGAUAUCAGCAGAAGUCGUAAAUUAAUCAAAUGCCUCUGAAUAUAGGUCUGUAUAGAGAACAGUAAGCCAGUCGACUGGGAGUGCACACAAGUGACUUCAGUUGAAGCCAGCAUGGGAAACUCUCAUUCAAAAACAGUAGAGCUCCUUGGAUCUAAGAGAAUACCUAAGAUGAGAAAGUGGGCACAAACAUAGAAUUAGAAUGAAUGACUUUCUAUUCAUUUUAUUUCUAUGGGCACAGUGCUUCCCAGGUAAUGCCGCCCCAAAGGGCAGUGAAAGAUCAUUCAUAUAGAAUACCUCACAAGAAAAGAAGCAGUUGCUCUGCAACACAAGAUGCAGCUUUAUACCACUACCAUUGAUGAGAUAAGACUGUCAUUACGUCUUUGUAAAUAUUUCAUGAGGUGCUUUAACAAGACAACAACAUAGUAGGAGACUGGUGCAAUAUAUUCUGUCCUGUUAGAGUAAUUUUUAUUCAGAAUACAUUUAUUUUAUUUUGCCAUCUUAGUCUAUUACAGGAAUAAUUUAAUUAGAUGAAGUUCUUUGUAGAGAGAGUUCCUGUGUCUGAGGCCAAAUUACUGUAACUGAUAUCCAAAAAAACAAGAGUUGGGAUGCAUCCCAAAUGUCACCCUAUUCUAUUCCCUAUGUAGUGCACUACUUUUGGCCAGGCCCCAUAGGGUCCAAAUAAGUAAAACAAAAAAACAGUGCACUAUAUAGGGAAUAGGGUCUCAUUUGGAUACUCCCAAAUCUAUUUUGUAGGUGUACUGUGCUGAUUUGUGUUUGUUGUUGGUUAGUAAGAGGACCUUUUGUCUCCUAUUGUGGUCAGGUUUUGAUCUGAGGCGAGCCCAGGUGGUGUCUCUGGGGACAGGGACCAAGUGUAUCAGUGGAGAGUUUGUCAGUGACCAGGGACGGGCGGUUAAUGACUGCCAUGCUGAGGUCACCACCAGGAGGGCUUUCCUCCGCUUCCUCUACGCCCAACUGGAGCUCUUCCUCUGGUAAUAUACUGUGUAUAUACUGUCAUACACUGUAUCUGUAAACAAGGGUCUGCGUUCCAACUGGCACCCUAUUCCCUAUAUCGUGAACUACUUUUGAUUAGGGCCCUGGGCUCUGGUUAAAGAUAGUGCACUAUAAAGGGAAUAGGGUGUAAUUUGGGACACACAACAAAGCCUCAGCCCUGAGGAUGAAGUUGAAGAAUCUUUGCUUUUAUACCUUUGAAUUGAAGUUACAGGUGAACAAUGUAAUAUCAGCUAUUACCUAUCUGCGCUGAUGUUUUGGUGCCAUUUUAAAAAGAGCCACUGUUAUGUUAUGCCCCUGCACCAUCACUCCAAAAUCACCUCUAGUACAAAUCCCUUUUCAUCUAAAAAUAUAUUUAUUUGGGUGAUUAGGCUACACGCAGGGGUGCAUGUCAGCUAAACCUAGGGUAAGACAAAGUGACAAGGGGGCUGGGGGGGUGUUCCCUGCGAGAUUCCCUAGAAAUACCCCACUUCAAUCCAGCUGCGGCGAAGUUGCGAGUCCCGUUCCCUGCAGUAGUGUCGAUGCAUACUCCAUAUAUCAAAAACAGCCUUCCCUCCCGCUCCCAGGCAUCCGAAUGGUCCUAAAAUCAGCCCCUAAUUCUGCUACACUGCAUUUGCUUUUUAAUCAGGAUUGGAAUGAUUUUAGUAGCCUAUUUUAAAUUGCUGGUGUUGAGCUAGGCUAUUAUAUCAAAUUAAGGCCCCUGGCUACGCGUUACCACUUUUGUAAAAGUUCAUACUCAAAAUGAUUUGAACAACAUCAUUUUCUUGUUUAGCAACCGGCCAGACAGUUUGGAGCAGUCGAUUUUUGUGCGAGACAAAGAGUCUGGGUACAGACUGAGAGAUGGUAUUCUGUUCCAUAUGUAUGUGAGUUCAUCUCCCUGCGGGGACGCACGCCUCAACUGCCCCUACGAGAUCACAGCUACACGUAAGAAAUGUCGACAUUUGAUUAUUGAUUUUAUUUAACUCAUACUCACAGUCAACAAGACUGAAUUAUGCGGAAUGCACAGUUACAUUAAGACCACCUGUCUGUACUGUGCUUGGUAGAGAAACGUAGCAUUAUAUCAGCUGUCUCCUCUCCCAGACCACAGCGGGUAUAGAUUUGUGAGGAAGUUGCGCUGCCAUCUGAGGAUGAAGAUGGAAGGCGGCGAGGGUACACUUCCUGUCAGCGCACGGAGAGCCAAUCAGAAAUGGGACAGGGGGUUGUCGAGGGAACCUCCCGUCACCAUGUCCUGCACAGAUAAAAUUGCCAGGUGAGCUCCAGAUAGACAGUGACAACUUUUCUACUGAGUCACAAAAGUAUAACAUACUGUAUAAAGGGGGCUUGUCUUUCCUCCUUUGUUCCAAUGGGAAUGUUCCAGGCUUGCAUCUCAAAUGACACCAUUUUCCCUAUAUAGUGCACUACUUUUGACCAGGGCCCUAGUCCUGCUUGGUCUCUAGCCUCAUUGUUUGUGUCUCCAGGUGGAAUAUUCUAGGUCUUCAGGGCUCUCUCCUGUCUCACCUGGUGGAGCCGGUGUACCUCCACAGCCUCACAGUGGGCAGCCUGUGCCACACGGGUCACCUGGGAAGGACCAUGGCACGACGCAUGGGGCACAUCGCCCCUCUGCCCUCCUCCUAUAGACGCAACAGGCUGCUCCUCGGCUGUAAGUCACGCCCCCUGCCCUCCUCCUAUAGACACAACAGGCUCCUCCUCGGCUGUAAGUCACGCCCCCUGCCCUCCUCCUAUAGACGCAACAGGCUGCUCCUCGGCUGUAAGUCACGCCCCCUGCCCUCCUCCUAUAGACGCAACAGGCUGCUCCUCGGCUGUAAGUCACGCCCCCUGCCCUCCUCCUAUAGACGCAACAGGCUGCUCCUCGGCUGUAAGUCACGCCCCCUGCCCUCCUCCUAUAGACGCAACAGGCUCCUACUCGGCUGUAUGUCGCCCAGAUAUAAGAGUUGAGGUUACUUCAGAUAAUUAGGUUCACAUUACAUGUCCAUGAGACAGUUCAUUUGGCAGUAGACUCUACUUAGUGUUAGAGACUUGACAAAGAUAAAUGUUAGAAGGAGGCCUGAUGGAGAUGUUCCUCUCAUUCUCGUUCCCUAUGGUGACGACUACCUGAGCGUGACUCUGUUCCAGGACAAACAGCUCGUUCUUCCAGACGCUUUUCAUGGUCCUGUCUCUUCCACUAAGGUUAUGCCUCUAUGCUGGCUAAUGAUGUGGUAUCUGAACAGUGCAUGUUAAGUACGUACCUGCCCCUCCUCUCGGCUCUCCCUGAGUCUUGACCCCAGUCUGGUCUCUGUGUGGUCUCCAGGCCUCAGCAGCAGUGAGGGUCUGCAGCCAGGGAAGUCCCGCAACUUCAGUGUGAACUGGAGUGCUGGAGAUGGGGAGCUGGAGGUGGUGGAUGUCUCCACAGGCAGGAGGAAAGACUCAGGGACACCAUCCAGACUCUGCAAGAGAUCCCUCUUCACUCGCUGGGAGAGACUACACCACCAGGUUAGUUAUGCACAGGGAAGCUAUAGAUUGUAUCCCAAUUGGCACCCUAUUCCCUGCAUAGUGCACUACUAGGGUGCCAUUUGCGAGACACUCAUUAAUUUACCUGGAACUCACACUGGCGAACAUGACCACUGGAAAUAAAGAGGCCUGAAUCCACACUUUGAGGGCUGUUUUUUACAAUACAAUUUACACGUCCAUUUUGCUGCAAGCAGAAGCUCUAUUGUACAGUAUGUAUUGGAUAUAAGGACUAAGAGGUAUUAACAAAUGAUUUGGUUACUGCAGAUAGUAGAAAAGACCAAUCUUCAUUAAAAUGUAGAUGCAAUCAAUCUCUCUGUGUCCAUCUAACGCUAAUUAUUAUGACAAUGUUUUUAAAGGACAGUUUCAUUUCCAUCGUGAAAUUAAAUAUGUAUGCGGCAGCGCGUUCCACUGUUCCAAAUGGCAGCAGUUACAUUUUGAUGACAGUACAGAGUCAUAAUUAUUUAGAAAAGCAUUUGAGUAGCUUCCCACAGAAAAGGCUUCCUGCACUCAGUAUCACAUGCAAGAAUAAACACAGUCAUCUAAAAAUCCAUCCUGGCUGUACCAUUAAAUAUGUUUUUUUUAGAGAGGGAGAGAGACAGAGCGAGAGGGAAUAUAAAGCAAAGUCCACAGAAUGUUAAUUUGUUUGGUGAAAUUUAAAUGGGGGGAGAUAGCCCAGCUGUUGAAGUUUGCAGUUUAUGUUGGCUCAUUAGUUUUUAUUCUGUCUGGGUGAUGUAUUUUAUUAAACCUUUCUUAUAGUCUCCCUCUCCUCAGCUGAGCAGGCCAGGAGGCGUAUUGGAUGCAGAGGCGGCCCAUUUUCUUAUGUCAGAUAGCACAACGACUCUGUCUGCACGGUCGGUUGAGGGACGAGUGUGGCCUAGGAGUGACGCCACCUGUCAGAAGACAAUGGAGGAGGCCAUGAAGACGUACUGCGGAGCUAAGAUGGCAGCAGGGGCCUACCAGAGAGCCAGGCAGAAGUUUGUUGUCUCGCUGCAGGAGGCAGGUCUGGGCAUCUGGAACAGGAAACCACCAGAACAGGAGCACUUCCAGAGCAGGGUGUGA